AUGAUGUUAAAUAUGUGGUUGACAUUUUGGGUGAACGUAGUGCUGAUGAUCGGGGUGUAUGGAAUAGAGACACGCAAUUGCCGGGACGUCGAGGAAAGCCCGAGGCCAUGCACACCCAUUUGCGAGAAAAAUAAUUGCACUAUAAAAGCUGCUCUUUUACUGCCUGCCAACACUACUUUCGACGCAUCAUUGGCUCUCGUGCAACCUGUCUUCGAGCUGGCCCUUCAAAGUGAGAUGGUUAAGGACGCUUUUCCACCUUGGCUGAACUUCGAAUGGAAGGCAUAUGAUGUUAUGGACUGCGAUGCUGCCUACGCAGUUAUUCGGGCUAUCGACGCGUACAAUGAAUGCGCAGAUGUGUUUUUCGGACCAGUGUGCGAUUUUGCCCUUGCGGCUGUGGGCCGGAUUACCAAAUUCCUUGGCAAUACGGGAACACCGAUUAUUACAACCGGUGGCUUCACUUUUGACUUUGUGCAACCAAAGCAAACUUGCGAAGACGAGUUCUACAUGCUGGUACGCACGGGACAGCUCGCAUUCAAGGACGUCGCAUAUUUUAUCAUCAGCCUCUUGAGGAAGUGA